AAGGGGCUCUGUUUUUCUGAGGCCAACAUGUCCCAGGUGCUCCUUUGCGCUACAGGACAGUGGGCUUUAGAACAAACCAACGAUGUGCCGUGGCUUGUGACCCUGCCUCGAAACUUAUGGCUUCGUUUCUGCUUUGUGUUACCUUUGGCUGACUGCCAUCCCUUUGCUGCUUUUGGAUUCUAGUCAAAAGAGUCAGUCAAGGAAAAUCCUUCUCUCUCUGCCCCACCAAGAAAGUGAAAUAACACACAUAUUGUUCCCUUAGAUUCUUUUCCUUUCUUUUCUUUUCUUUUCUUUUCUUUUCUAGUUUUUCAUACUACUGCAUACUUCACACUGCAUACUCUUUCUCUCUCCACUUCCUCAAUCAGCUGGUGGGGCAGCCUGUGUUUCUUUUGUCAGGAUUCUCUUGCAUUACACCAGAGUACUAGAAACAAAGAAUUAAAUUGAAAGCCCCACAAAUCAGUAAAAGAUAAGAAACCAGAAUCUCUCUCUCUCUCCUCCUCUCUUCUCUUCACACCAUCUUUAAGGGGAGCUGCCCUUUCCCCCAUUAAUUUUGUAAUUUCUCCCAUCACAACUAGCCAGUUAUGGCAAGAAUCUCUCAAGACUCCUCCAAAAGACACUUCCACUGGACUAAAAAGGUUGGAACUGAAGAUGAUGAUGAAGCUCCAACCUUCAAGUCCUCUUCAAACUCCAAUGAGGAAGACAAAAAGGAAAACCUUAAGAGCCAUGUUGCUAUGCCAACACCAAGGAAGAAGCUUCCAGCAGUUGCCGUUGCCAGGCUUCGAUCUGUUCUUACAGCUUUUGGAAAGAACCGUUCAAGCCUGCCCUUUGGUCUCGGACCCCGAGUGGUAGGUACCCUUUUCGGUUAUAGGCGUGGCCAUGUUCACUUUGCUUUUCAGAAAGAUCCCAAUUCCCCACCAGCUUUCCUUGUUGAACUUGCCACACCAAUUAGUGGAUUGGUUCGAGAAAUGGCAUCCGGGUUGGUCAGGAUUGCUCUGGAGUGUGAUAAAGAGAAAGAAGAAGAGAAAAAGGCAGUGAGAUUACUAGAGGAGCCCGUCUGGAGGACGUAUUGCAAUGGAAAGAAAUGUGGUUUUGCAACAAGGAGGGAAUGUGGUGCUAAAGAAUGGAAGAUUCUGAAAGCUGUGGAGCCAAUUUCAAUGGGAGCAGGGGUUUUGCCAGGUAGUGGAGCUGAGGCUGGUGCUGAUGGUGAACUCAUGUAUAUGAGGGCUAAGUUUGAGAGAAUUGUUGGGUCUAGAGAUUCUGAAGCUUUCUACAUGAUGAAUCCUGAUAGCAAUGGAACUCCUGAGCUUAGUAUCUAUUUGCUUAGAGUCUGAAGAAGUUGCCAUGGAAUGUCCGAGCUAACUUCCUUUUCUGUGCGUUUUGACUUUUUAAGGGGUAUACUGGUGAUAUUUGUCUUAUUACUCUUUAGAGCCAUGGAAAUGGACUCUGGUGUCUUCCAGGUUUUUUCGUCCUUUUUUUUUUUGUUCUUUUUUUGGGAGAAAUAGGAAGUGGGUUUUUACUUUUAUUGUAUUCUGUUAGCUUAGGUGGAUGGGCAAUACAUUAUAACAUGAUGCUAGGUGGGGGUCUUGAAGGUGUAUAUGUAUAGUUUUCUUCUUCAACCUUUAUUAAGUAAUGAGACAUUGAGCCUAGUGCAAUCAAUGAUUAUCUUUUGCAUUUUUA